CUGUGCAGUCGGUUGGAGGGGAUAGCUACGAGCUACGGAAGCGCUCCGGUGAGAGAAUAGUGAACUCAGGGUGGAAUAUUUUCCUAUUCAACUAGGCUUAUUAUUAUUAAAAAUGGGUCAUCGUAGUUGUUGCGUCAGAAAUUGUAAAAAUAAUGAACUGAAGAAUACGUGUAAAUUUUAUAAAUUCCCUACUGCCGACUAUAAAUUAAAGCAGCGAAAGAAAUGGAUUGCAGCUGUAAGGAAAAUUAAUUCUUAUAAGUGGCAACCAAAGAAAUCAGAUGUAAUAUGCUCUGAUCAUUUUAUUGGCAAAAUAAAAUCGAAUGAAGAAGCAAGUCUUGGAUAUGUUCCCUCAGUAUUCUGUGCUGAGAGAACAAGAAAUAUUCGUGAAGUUGCUGCAGUAAACAGACAUGCUCGAUUCAUGAAACGCAGAUUUAUAACUAAGCAAAAAUUGCAAACUAUGAGUACAAAUCAAGAUGAACCUGUGAAAGGAAAUGUAAUUGAACAUGAUAUGAUCAGUGAUAUGGAUGUGCGUUAUGAAGAUUCAGUACUUGAUAAUGUCGAAGUGCAGUCGGAGAGUCCAAAGUAUCUGGAUAAAGAGACUGAAGCACAUAUUUUUAUUGAGGCUAGCGAGCCAGAAAAAUCAUUUAUGUGUAAUAGAUAUAUUACUAAUGGUUCUAAUUGUAAGUGUGACGCAGAAGUACAAACAGAUAUAGUAACAGUAAAUCAUCAAACCAUAAUAUUAAAUCCAAGGAAAUUCAGAAAUAAGAAAUGUGGUACGACUCAACAGACUUUUGUAAAUAGAGCAGUUGGACCUGACUAUGAAAGUGUGCAAGAUAACGAUACAACUUGUUUAAGCUAUGCAUCAGUAAAAAAAGAUGAACAGCUUCUGGAUCUUGCUGGAGUGACACACAACAAUUUUAAAUUUUUGUUAAAAAGAAUCCAUGACGCAACUGGCAGUAAUACUAAAAUUUCAAAGGAAAAUAGAUUAUUUAUAUUUUUAAUAAAAAUGAAGACAGGAUUAACUUUUUCAGCAAUCAGUGUGUUGUUUAAUGUACAUAGGACAACUGUGUCAAGAAUAUUUUUUUCAGUAUUGGAAGAAUUAGCAAAGACCACAGCUAAUUUAGUUUUUUGGCCUGCAAAAGAUGUCAUUCAAGGAACGAUGCCAGACUGCUUUUAUCCGGAAUAUAAAGACACUCGAGUAAUCAUUGACUGUACUGAAUUCAGGAUUGAAGUACCAGCAAGUGUUGACAAUCGUGUGUUUACCUACUCACAUUAUAAAAAAGGUUUUACUGCCAAACUGUUAAUAGGUAUAACACCCGGAGGCUUUAUUAGUUUUAAAUCGAAGGUCGCUGGUGGUAGAAAGAGUGAUUCACAAAUCACUAUUGAAUCCGGACUAAUAGAUUUGUUAGAAGAUGGAGACACAGUUUUAGCCGAUAAAGGAUUUCCACAAAUCACUCGUGUUCUCGAUGAAAAAGGAAAGAAAGUAGUACUUGUUAUGCCACCUUUUUUAGAAAAAAAAGGAGAAUUUACAAAAGAAGAGACUCAAAAUACCUACAACAUAGCAAGAGUUCGUAUCCAUGUUGAAAGAAUAAUGCAGCGAUUGAGAAUAUACCAAAUUCUCAGCAAGAUACCUGAAAAUUUAUUUAGUUCUAUUGAUGAUAUUGUCCAUGUGUGCUGCGUGUUAGUAAAUUUGCAGCCACCUAUAAUAGAAGAAAAGGACAAUAACAAGUAAAUAAAAAUACUUGUAUAUAAAUGAAAUAUUUAUUUAUACUGACUUUGUUAAGAAAUAAUUUUAACAACAC